AUGCAGAUUUAAAACUUACAAACACAUGAACUAUUACAGAAAUGGGGACUUCAUAACACAACCGUAUUCAGAAAUCCCAGUGCCCCCCUUAUUUAUUAACUGUCAAUGUAAUAAGCAGACGGAUCAUCUACUAGACCAGACUCUAUAAAUAAUACUGGUGCAUUAGUGGCUUAUUCUGGGAAGAAAUGUGGUCGAGUACCAAAGGAUAAAAGGAUUAUCAAAGACCAAGUAACUGAGUAGGAUGUGUGGUGGGGUGAUGUGAACAUUGCUUUGAGUAGAGAAUCGUAUAGUGAAGUUGAAAGGAUUGCUUUGGAUUAUUUGGGAAGCAGAGAAAGAUUGUUUAUAAUAGACGGGUAUGCUGGUUGGGAUCCUAACCAUAGAUUAAGAAUUCGAGUAUUCUGUACAAGACCAUAUCAUGCUCUCUUUAUGAAGAAUAUGUUAAUCAGGCCAACUGAAGAGGAAUUGAAAAAAGACUUUAACGGUGACGUUGAUUUUUAUAUAUUCAAUGCAGGACCUCAAACUAUCCAAAAACCAAUAGACGGAGUCACCUCUGAAGGAUGUGUUGCUGUCAAUCUAACUGAGAGAAAGAUGGUAAUUUUGGGUACUCAAUAUGCUGGGGAAAUGAAGAAAGGAGUAUUUGGAGUUACUCAUUAUUUACUUCCAAAACAAGGCAUUCUUACUUUACAUAGUUCUGCAAAUGAAGGAGAGAAUGGAGAUGUUACUUUGUUAUUUGGCUUAAGUGGCACAGGCAAAACUACUUUGAGUGCUGAUCCCAAGAGAAAACUUAUAGGAGAUGAUGAACAUGCUUGGUCUGAUCACGGAAUUUUUAAUAUUGAAGGUGGUUGCUAUGCUAAAUGUGUUGAUCUCUCUAAAGAAAAAGAACCUGAAAUUUACAAUGCAGUCAAAUUUGGAGCUGUUUUGGAAAACAUUGAAUAUUUUUCUAAUGAAACCAGGGAAGUAGAUUUCUCAAAUAUCUCAAUCACUGAAAACACUAGAGUGAGUUAUCCCUUAGAAUUCAUACCAGGAGCUAAGUUUCCAGCUUAAGGUGGACAUCCAAAAAAUAUAUUCUUUUUGACUUGCGAUGCUUAUGGUGUCUUACCUCCAGUCUCUAUGUUGACACCUGAAUAAGCUAUGUAUCAUUUCAUCUCUGGUUACACUGCCAAAGUUGCAGGAACUGAAGUAGGGGUUAAAGAACCCUAAGCAACAUUCUCUGCUUGUUUUGGAGAAGCCUUUCUAGCAUUGCAUCCAACUCUCUAUGCUAACAUGCUAGCUGAAAAAAUUAAGAAAUUUGAUACCAAAGUCUGGUUAAUCAACACCGGAUGGUCAGGUGGAAAAUAUGGAGUAGGAUAGAGGAUGUCAUUGAAAUACACAAGAGCUAUUAUAGACCUUAUCCAUAGUGGAGAAUUGAAGGAUGCUGAAUAUGAAAACUUCCCUAUUUUCAAUUUUAAGAUACCAAAGGCUGCCAAGAAUAUUCCAUCAGAAAUUCUUAACCCAAGAAAUACAUGGCCAAACCCAGAUGAAUUUGAUAAACAGUUAUUAGAAUUAGCUUAAAAGUUUUAGACUAAUUUCAAAAAGUAUGAAGACAAAGCAACAUUAGAAAUUAUUAAUGCAGGUCCAAAACUAUGA